AUUUCAUUCGAUAGCUUAAAUUUGCAACCGUUCAUCAUGGCGAUCUGAGAAAAAUAAUUUUUGCUCAAAAAUAAAAUAAAUAAUCAAAUGAAUUGUAAUUCCUGCAAACGCAUAUGCAAUUUCGCGAAACGUGAGUUUGAAACGGAUGCUGCGUGAAAUCCGACGGCUGCAAGCUGGUUUCGUCCAGUAACAAGUGCCUGGCGUGUGUGUCUGCGGCGGCAAAAAACGCAAAUGUAAAAUAUAUAACAAAAUCCCAACUCCCCCAAGAAUACUAGUAGAUGCUCGCCGAAAAUCCAAAACAGUAAGCCAAUCGCCAGGGCAAACCUGCAAGUGUGUGUAUAAACAACGAACAAUAACAAAAGGCAGUAAGCGGUUGGUGGUAGUGGACUAACUUGCUACCGGAGAAGUGCAGAGCACACAGGACUGCAAAGUGGCGUCGCUACUGGAUAUCCGGGCUGGGGCAGCAGCGGCGUCCAUGUCUACGGGUAACCAAGGGCGGACAACCAAAAACUACAACCGCACCACAACCAGGAGAGCGCAGCAGCAGCCGCAGCCGGUGUGGUGUCGCCAACUUUGGCCUUAAGCAUGUAGUCUUGUAGCAAAGAACCCGUUUUCUAACAAGCACAAGACACAAGGAAAGAGGUACUAAUCGACGCAAAAACACACACAAACCCUAUCAACACCAAUGAAAAAUGUCACAAAGAGGUAAGCGCGGAAAUCAACAUCACCACCAGUCGCACCAUCCGCCGCCGCAACAGCAGCAGCGCAAGGAUGUUGAGCCGCAACCGCCGCCCACCAAGCGGCGUAAAGGCAGGCCGCCCAAUGGGGCGACCACGACUGCAAUAGCAGGUGCAGCAGAAGCGACAGGAGUUAAUGCGGGAUCAGCUGCGGUAUCAGAACGGGUACCAGUUCUGCCUCUGAGCAACAGCAAGCAUGACCAACAGGGGGAACCAGAACCUGAAGCGGGAGGAGGAAGCGAGGGAAGGGCGGCAGGCGCCGCCAGCACUAGCAAAUCCAAGUCAACAAAGCUGGCAAAAUCAUCAAGCAAGUGCAAGUCGCAAGGGGCGAGUUCAAGCAGUUCCUGGCAGGCGCGGUCUGUGGCGGACAUCAAGAUGUCGAGCAUUUACAAUCGCAGCUCAACGGAAGCUCCAGCUGAACUUUACCGCAAGGAUCUCAUUAGCGCAAUGAAAUUGCCAGACUCUGAGCCGUUGGCCAACUAUGAGUAUUUAAUAGUAACGGACCCAUGGAAGCAGGAAUGGGAAAAAGGCGUACAAGUGCCUGUCAAUCCUGACUCACUUCCUGAACCAUGCGUUUACGUUCUACCCGAGCCUGUUGUGUCACCCGCACACGACUUUAAGCUUCCGAAAAAUCGCUACUUGCGCAUUACCAAAGACGAACACUACUCGCCGGAUCUGCAUUAUCUGACGAACGUCGUUGCCCUGGCGGAAAACACAUGUGCCUAUGACAUAGAUCCCAUUGACGAGGCCUGGCUGCGCCUCUACAACAACGAUCGUGCCCAAUGCGGUUCUUUUCCCAUUAAUGCGACGCAGUUCGAACGCGUCAUUGAGGAGCUGGAGGUUCGUUGCUGGGAACAGAUUCAAGUCAUUCUCAAGCAGGAAGAAGGUUUGGGCAUCGAAUUUGACGAAAACGUCAUCUGCGAUGUUUGCCGGUCGCCCGAUUCCGAGGAGGCGAACGAAAUGGUAUUCUGUGAUAAUUGCAAUAUUUGUGUGCAUCAGGCUUGUUACGGCAUUACAGCAAUUCCAUCAGGCCAAUGGCUAUGUCGCACUUGCUCGAUGGGAAUCAAGCCGGACUGUGUGCUCUGUCCAAACAAAGGAGGGGCCAUGAAGUCGAACAAGUCAGGCAAGCACUGGGCACACGUUUCCUGUGCCCUUUGGAUACCCGAGGUCAGCAUUGGAUGUGUGGAUCGCAUGGAACCGAUCACAAAAAUUUCAAGCAUUCCCCAGUCACGCUGGUCUCUCAUCUGUGUACUUUGCCGUAAGCGAGUUGGCAGCUGUAUUCAGUGCUCAGUAAAACCCUGCAAAACAGCUUACCAUGUUACCUGCGCGUUCCAGCAUGGAUUAGAAAUGCGUGCAAUAAUUGAGGAAGGAAAUGCCGAGGACGGAGUGAAGUUGCGCUCCUAUUGCCAGAAGCACAGCAUGAGCAAGGGUAAGAAAGAGAAUGCUAUUGGCCAUGGCGGAGGCAGUGCCUCAGUGGCAAGCGCGUUGCACAAAGCGAACAGGUAUGGCAGUGGGACUGGUGGCGGAACAGGAGACGAUGGCAGCAAUGCAUGUGCAAAAUCUGGAGAGGAUACGCGCAGGCGGAAAAAUCACCGGAAAACCGAACUAACCUCCGAAGAACGUAACCAAGCCAGAGCACAGCGUCUUCAGGAAGUGGAGGCUGAGUUUGAUAAGCACGUUAAUAUUAAUGACAUUAGUUGCCAUCUCUUUGAUGUCGAUGACGAUGCUAUUGUUGCCAUAUACAACUAUUGGAAGCUCAAACGGAAGUCUCGGCACAAUCGGGAAUUGAUCCCGCCUAAGUCCGAAGACGUGGAAAUGAUUGCCCGCAAGCAGGAACAGCAAGACAUGGAAAAUCAUAAAUUGGUAGUUCAUUUGCGUCAGGACUUGGAACGAGUUCGUAAUCUCUGCUAUAUGGUCAGUCGAAGAGAGAAACUUUCGCGGUCUCUCUUUAAGCUACGUGAGCAGGUCUUCUAUAAGCAGCUUGGAGUCCUGGACGAAAUGCGUUUGGAGAACCAGCAGCCAAAACAGGACGAAAAGCACAGACCUGCAGUAGAUCUAGAUGUUGUUAUCUACGCCAAUGACGGACCCACUUUGUACGACCGCUUCUACAGCUCGGCUGGAGGACAGACUGUGCCGGCACAGUAUCAGGAUUUGAACUACAUCCUCGAACAGCUUAUGGGCAAGUUACAGAGUUGUAAGCAGGGGCGUGGCCGUGCAUCGCAGUCUCCUAAUAAACGCAAGCAGCCUGCAAAACCAUCGCCCAGCAAAAAGUUAAACAAUGGCGCUCUGAGCUCACGCACGUCUUCGCCUGAGAAAACCGUAACGGGAAGUAAGGUGGUACCGAUUGUCGCUAAGGUGCGGUCACCGCCUGGGAAGCCUCCUGCCGGGAGGCGUGCCUCAAAGAGCACCGCGGCGGCGGCGACGUCGACCCACAACAGAAAUCAAUCACACACAAAUAUCCGGUGUAGCGCGUCCUCCCAUUCGUCAAGCGGCAGUUCAUCAUCGGGUAAUUCCAGCUCGGCGGAUGGCACCAGUAGUUCCGAUAGUUCCUCUGGAAGUGAUUCAGGCAGCGAAAGCGGAACCUCUAGCGCUGUCAGCAGAGCCUCUAAGCGAAAGUCUUCCUCAGGAAGUCCCCUUAAAAAGCAGAGCUAUGCUCGCUCCGUUGAGCAGCGGCAAAAACAACGCCAACGUCGGCAAAGUGAGGCAGCUGCAGGUGCGUCUGCAGCGUCUCCGGAUUCCAGGACUGGGAGCAGCUCCAGCGACGAUGAAGGUGAGCGGCGUCGAAACCGACAAGAACCAGAGAGCGAGUCGAGACGUGGACCAAUCCACAACAAACCAUCAGUACCUAAGAAGAGUCAGACAACUAAGUCAAAACCAACCACAGAAGCACGCGCUGGACCGGCAGCUGGUACAUCAGCAAGAAGAAAACUGUCUACGACAGCGCGAGGCCUUGCACAAAUAUACAAGGAUGCAGAGGAGAGCUUGUCGAGUGAUGAAAGUGAAGAGUUGUUGCCUCUGAAAGUGGAACGGCGUCGAGAAAGCACAACAACGUCCGGACUGGUGCCGAGUGGUUCGGUCGGAAGUCGAAAAAUGGGCCAGCACAUCUAUUCCGAUUCCGAAAGCAGUUCAUCUGCACAGGAAAAAGACCCGGAGGAGCAAGCAACUAUCGAAAGCAAUGUGAGUGACUCUCAAAACCAACAGACGAUCCGGACGAAAGCAGCUAUGAAAGAGUUUGUGCCAGGAACAGCUGUCACACCAACCUCCUCAGUUAGCAAAGCGAAGUCUAAGUGGGAAGGAAAAGAUGCGAAGGAGGGAGGUACUAGUACUGUUAAUAGCGCAAAAUCCAAAACGAAUUCGAAUGUUAAGUUGCCAUAUCCGGCAGAUCUUUUAGUGGUACCACAACGCAAAGCAGCCAAGAAGGCUUCGGAAAAUAUGCGGUCCACCAACCUCGCCACGACGCUUCAGCCAGAAUCUUCUGACAGAGUCCGAGAGCCGGAAACGAAUUCAAUUGCAACAAAUUCCAAGAGUGCCAAGGUUAAGGACUCGAGCUUUAAAAAUGCACUUGAAACGGAUAAAACCAGUCUCGAAAAAGUUCGACCAAAAGAUCAGCUACAGAAAGUGGCUGGCAAAGUCCCAGAAAGUGCCCCUGCGGAACGUGGGAAACGUGGAAGGCCACCAAAGGUGCCUAAGGAUCUGCGUCCACCUUCCAUUACUGAAAAAGAGAAACUGGUAGUCCCCAUGCCUUCUCAGAGCAAGCUUCAACCUGCUGCCACUGCACCAGCCUCAGCCAAGUCAAACUUUGCAGUCUCCUUAGUUCCUCAACGGCAAGCGGCCAAAAAGGCAGCAGAGCAAUUAAAGAGCAGCAAACCUGUACAAGAAAAUUUCUCAACUGGAAACGACAUGUCGGAGAAAGAAACAGUAACAGCAGCGACGGGGUCAGGAUCUGCGUCGGUUUCCACAACGCCAGUUAAGCCGACUAGACGGACCUCAUUAAAGGAAACAGCAAUUACUUCAAAAGAAACCUUAAUUAGUAGAAGAAAAUCAAAGGAAGAUGUGGUGGUAACACCUAUUAAAACGACUCCCCCGGCCAAGCGUCGAGUACUAGUCCCGAAUCUUUCAAGUUCCAGUUCUGGUGACAGUGACAGCUCCAGUUCGUCUAGCAGCUCGGGGACUAGUUCGAGCAGUGGUGGUAGCGACACCGACAGCGAAUCUCAGGCCAGCGAUUUGGAGAAAACUAGUAGGGAUCCUGCCCAUAUCCCUGUGUCAAAUCCACCUGUAACCUCAAAUGUGCCAAAGCGGUCACCUCGCAAGUCUCUGGACAAGCCGGCAGCAUCAGCUGUGGUCGUUGCAUCAGCACCGCCCGCACCACUGCAGACCCCGUCUACGCGGUCCCGGCAGAACUCUACAACAAAAUCGCCAAAGGGAACAAUGCAGAAGCCAGUGAUAACCAUUCAGGAUGAAAGUACCACUAAGGCACAGUUACAUCGACGCCAGGGGUCUUUAGAUGACAGCGCAAAGCAGUCCCAGUCGGAACAGGCCACAAAGAGAGCAACCCGUGGCUCCAAGUCGCGACCGCCCUCGCCCACAGUCAAAUCCUCUCCGGAAAAGGCAGCCUCUAGGCGCAAAUCUCGAACGGAAGAAUCCCCUAAGAAGAUGGCAAAUUUGGAACAUGAAAUCAACCAAAGGAAAGCAGCCAGUGGCAAAGCAACUAGUUCAUUAGACAAGCUUUUAAAUAAGAAACAGCAGCAGAUGAAUAGUUCCGCACAAGCUACAUCACCACCGAUGUCACCGACUCCACCUGCAUCAGCCACGCCUAUUUUAAAGGACCAAAGUGAUCAUGAAACUUUAGAGGUGCCGAUCAUUCAGCGGCCCAACGAAGAAACAGAAUCACACCGUGAGCUUGAGCCGGAGCUGGAGUCUGCAGCAGAGGCUGGCGAACUACCAAUGGAUAUUGAUGAAGAGUUAACCACCGCUCCAACACGAACUCAACUUUCUGCAAGUGCGAGUAAAUUGGCGGAUAUUAUUGACGAUGAGCGUCCUCCGGCCGCUCCGCUUCCUGCCUCCCCUACUCCUACUCCUACCUCUAAUGACGAGUUGUCCGACGGCGGAAGUGAUAUUAGCGAACAACGGCGCAUGCGUUGGCGGUCUAGGCGGAGAAGAAGGAGACAUAGCCAAGAGCCAGACGAGGAACAUACGCAUCACACCCAACACCUUCUUAACGAAAUGGAAAUGGCUAGGGAGCUAGAAGAGGAACGUAAGAACGAGCUGCUUGCAAAUGCCAGCAAGUACUCCGCGUCUACAUCCUCUCCAGCAGUCACUGUUAUUCCCCCAGAUCCCCCGGAAAUUAUUGAACUGGACUCAAACUCAGCAAAUUCUGGCGCAGAUCAGCAGCAGUUACAGCUGCAAGAGCAAACUUUGCCACCUCCAAUUGCUUUACAGUCUCCAGCAAGUGAUGUUGUGUCAACUGUUAUACAGCAACAGCUGCUAACUCCACAGCGGCCCCUAAUAGAGCAACUUGCUGUUGAGCACAUGCCCCCUGUGCUAACGGAGCCAAUCGUUGACACCAUACUAGAGAUGGAGGACAGUAAAUUCGUCAAUAACUUCGCGUCUAGCUUAGCCAGCGUUUUAAAUCCUCCUAAUCCAGAGCAGAUUAGCUUAAUCGGGUCGAGUAUGAAUAGUAGUAAGCAAAAUAGUGAAGAAGAUAGUAUUCAAGCAACCCGAAACCUUUUGGAAAAACUACGUAAAACUAAGCGCAAGGCACAGGAUGACUGUUGUUCAAAAGAUGCAGUCGAUCUAUUGCCUCCGACUCCGGCCAUUCCCUCGGUAUUUCCUUUCCACAAUGCUGCGGACCCAGAGGAUAUAAUUCAUGCCCAAAAAGAACAGCAGCAACAACAACAGCAGCAAGCACAAUCAUGUAUUUAUGGCAACUCAUCUGGACCAAAUUCUGUUGCCUCAUUGACAAUCAAGGAUUCGCCUAUGACAGCCAACAGUGGAAGCUAUGCCAACAGCCUUACAAGCACUCCAAAUGCCACACCCACUAAUGCAACAAUGAGCAAUCUUGGACCCGGCAGCGGUUUCCAAAUGAAUUUUGCAAAUUCCCAACAGCCUCCACCGUUGAGUCUCUUCCUGAAAAAGUCACCCCAUCAAAAAGGUGGCUAUCCCCUAUCCAGCAAUGGCGGAGCUAUCGCAGUACCACCUGGAGCCACCCCCGACUUCGUAGACUUGGCCGCGGCAGCGGUAAAGAACACUUUGGGAACCUUUCGCGGAGCAGCUGCCGUUCCCACACAAUCGGGAGCGGGCGGCAACAACAAGAUUGGUGACUACGACGAGAACACACGCAUGCAAUCACCGUUUGCAAGAAUUCCGUGGAACGAAAACGACCUUAUCGCAGAAAGAAGGAGUAGCUCGCCCAGCUCUGUGUCGGAAUCAAAUGAUCCUCCUCCCUCACAACCAGUUGCAGUGGUGGCAGCAGCAACAACGGCACGGACACUCGCCCAGCUUGAUAGCUGUAAGAACUAUUUUAACAGCUAUGCGAGUGGGAACGGAGGGCCUGGCAGCGCCACAAAUGCAACAGCUCCCUUCAACCAUGUUCCGAUGGUAAAUGGUAUUGAUACCAUACCAAUAUUUAAUAAAUCUACGGCCGCGCAGCAUCAACAGACAACUCCAACACACCAACAGCAACAACAGAGAACUCCAAACAGUCAGUACAAUGGUGCUAUCUAUCCCCAAAUUGCGGGUAUUAUGCAUGCACAGACAACGCCGACGGAACAGCCUCCAAGCUUGUAUGGCAACGGAACAGUUGGUGGAGUAGGAGUACCAAGAGUCGGAGUUGUCGGUGCUGUACAGUCGACGGCACUACCUUCACAGCAACAGGUCAACCAGUACUCCGGAGCUCCUUAUUCUACGGCCAGCUUGGGAAUGCUUCCUGUACAACAGCCUGCUCUUCCUAUCCCAGUUCAGACUACGACUACAACGAAUCAUCCGUUUACUCUGACAUCGCCGGUUGAUGGAAAAAUACCGACAUAUCCGGCUCAGCUUCUAAGCAGUUGUGCUGAAGCAUCUGUCGCCUCGAUGAUGCCACCAACGCCACCAGUUCCAGUUACAGCAAAGGACUCUCCUAACAAAAGAAGCAACGGUGGUAGCUCAUCUAAAAAACAGGCUCAAAAGUCCCCCCAGCUGGCGCAAGGAAAGUCGCCAGUAAAGUCGCCGAGGCAACCUCUGCAGCCACCUACGCCUCCCGCAUCAAUUCCCGUUGUUUCGUUGCCGUCAACUAAAUAUGACCCGCAAACGCACACAUUGCAGGGAAAGCCGCGUCAGCGUGCGCCGCGGGGAAGUGGUGGGUCUGUGGCGCAGAGCAGAGGUAGAGGCCGUGGAAGGGGUAGAGGACGAGGAGCCGGAAAUGCGAGCGGAAUAGCCAUGGUAUUGCCACCUCCAAUGUCAGAUUAUGGGAGCAACACACAUAUAGUUAACAACUUGGUCGGAACCCCCUUUGAGUUCAACAACGAGUUCGACGACAUGGCUGGGCCAGGCGUGGAAAAUCUACAGUCGCUGAGAGACCGAAGAAGAAGCUUUGAGCUACGAACUCCUCGAGGUCAAAACAAGCAAUCUACUACACCAACUACCACAACAGCAACCAAUCCACUCCUGCAUCCUGUACUGCCGGGACCUGUCGACAUGAGGACGUACAAUCUCGGAUUCGAGGCGCCUCACAGCACAGCUUCCCAAGAGGCCUAUCAAAACAAUCUUCUGGGCGCUUUCGACUCUGGAACAGCAGAUCAAACGCUUAGCGAGUUUAAUGAAGAGGACGAACGUCAAUUCCAAUCGGCGCUGCGAGCUACUGGCACCGGAACCUCUCCCAGCAAGCAGUCUUCAGCGCCAACCUCUUUAGUUUCAGCCCCAGUUGCUCAUAACCCAGCACCUACUUCGAACCUUCUUCUGCAUUCUACUGAAGCAAACCAAAUGGCACCAAGUGUGGUUGCAACGGCUGCGGCAACUCAUUUGGUUGAAGGCUCGCUGGUUGAGGCUUCUCUGGAGGCUACUUCGGAGGAAGUAUCGAUCGACUCAGAUAGCACGAUACUACACACAAAGACUUCGAUCUCUGAUACUCGAAAUCAGAUUAAACUUAAGAUCAAGAGUCCUCUGGCCUAUCCGGAACACUAUAAUACCAUGACGAAUAGCAAUAGUCUGACUUUGUCCAGUAACCUAGUUCAGUCCUCCAAUGUUGUGCAAACAACGGUAUCUGCGUCGACUGUUGUCAGUGCGUCAUCCGCUGUAAGCGGAAACUCACGUCGCAUGCGAAAGAAAGAACUGCUCAGUCUCUAUGUAGUACAGAAGGAUAACCACAACGACGACAGCUCAUGCGGUCUUCCAGCCGCUUCCGACAACUUGCCCUUGGAGAAUCUGCUACGAAAGUCGGAGGAGGAAGAUGAACUAUCUGGUGGAAACGGUUCGAAAAGGUUUAAGAAGAACUCUAGCAGUAGAGAACUGCGAGCUCUUGAUGUGAACUUGGCACUUGUGGAGGAACAGAUGCUUUCUGGAGCUUCGGGAACGGGUGCAGGAACAUCAUCUGGUGAGGGCAGACGGCGUAGCGCCUGCAGCUCUGGCAGCAACAAUGACAACAAUAGCAAAACCGGAGCAGCCAGCAGUGCAGGUAAGCGGCGAGGCAGAAGCAAGACUCUUGAAAGUAGCGAGGAUGACCACCAGGCUCCCAAGCUGAAGAUUAAAAUUAGAGGAUUGGUGGCAAACGAAACACCCUCGGGUGUUUCCAUUGCGGGGGAGAGUCAGAACUAUAGUUAUGAAAUGACCCGAAGAGCUUGUCCUCCUAAGAAGCGUUUGACAAGCAACUACAGCACUCUAACGCUAGAGGAGAUCAAGAGGGAUUCUAUGAACUAUCGCAAGAAAGUUAUGCAGGACUUUGACAAGGGCGAGGACAACAACAAACGAGAUGUCCUUGUCCAAGAAGGUCAGUCCCUCAUAAUGCCCCAGCCUCCCACAAAACGCCCUAAGUCUUCCAAGCCCAAAAAGGAUAAGAAGGAGAAAAAGCGCCAGAAACAGCAACAGCUUAUUCUAAAUAGCAGUACAACCACCAUGACUACUACAUUGAUUGAGAACACGGCCAGCGCUUCGCCAGGCGAUAAGCCGAAACUAAUACUGCGUUUUGGAAAACGGAAGACGGAGACCACUACAAAGACCGACUGCCUGGAGCAGACUCCUGCAGUAGAAGCACCGGCACCCCUGCGAUUCAAAAUAGCCAGAAACUCAUCUGGUGGGGGCUAUAUAAUAGGAACGAAAGCGGACAAGAAGGAUGAGCCAACGCCAGAGAACACAUCCCCGGUAUCGGAGCUGCCUCUGAUAACUCCGCUUGGAGAGGCAUCUCCACAGGGUCGGCUGCUCAACAGCUUUACUCCGCAUUCCCAGAAUGCAAAUGCAUCGCCAGCUCUGCUUGGCAAGGACGCGGGCACGCCAUCGCCGCCCUGCCUGGUAAUAGACUCCAGCAAGAGUGCGGACGUGCACGACUCCACAUCUCUGCCGGAGAGCGGCGUGGCUGCCAUGAGCGUGCCAGCGUCUCUUGUGGGCUCCACCACCCCUCUUUGCGUCAACGUUGGAAACUACGAGAACAGCAAUAACUCAUUACCUUCGGCCAGUGGCACCUCGGCUUCCAGCAACUCCUGCAACAGCAACUCGAACAACAAUAAUAUCGGCAGUGGGGGAGGACGGGUUAGCGGGGAAGGCAGUUUACUUCCAUUAAAAAAAGACUGUGAGGUUAGAUGAUAAUCGUAGAUCGCGAGAGUGCCGCUUGUACAGGCAUCUUUGCCCUUAACUUCGUUCAAAUAAGCUUUCGAUUUCCCUUUUUUGUGAUUUGAUUCCUUGCCUCGCCCCUUUCACAGUUUUAGCUUUUGUUGUAAAUGAUCAAACAUCAGGCCCCUAUAUUGUACAGUUAGUUUGUAAAUCCCUUUCCCAUUAUUUUAUCUGUCUGUAACUGGUUUGUUGUAAUCGCAUCAGCGUAAAGAAGAUAUUAUCUUUAUGCUUUUAAUACAUAUAAUUAUAUGCAUAAAGAAAAUUAUGCGAAGAAUCAGAAAAAAAAUUGUACAUUUUUAGUAAAGAAGAUCUUACGAUUAAGGUUUUGUAAAUAACUGUAUUAAAGUUAUAACAGAUACAUGAACGCAGGCACAGUCGUCUAGCCUAAAAAAUCCAAAAAUGCUCUCGGUUUAGGUUUAUGAAAGCCUCAAUUCACUUAUAAAUCCUUCCAUGCCUCCUACUCACUAAAAAUGAUCGAAAACCCCAAGCAAAUAUUCUAAACACUAUUUAUUAAAAACUAUUAAAGAUAAUCGUAAAAUAUUAGCAAAAACUGUUAAAAGCGUGCAAAAAGUAACAAAAAUUUCAACAAUUGUAGCUAUAGUCAUUAAUUGUAGUUCUUAGCGAAAAUCAAAGUCGGUUGUCCCUAACCGCAAUCUAAGUGCAUAUAACGAUCCUUCUUCCCAAAACCUACACCUAGAGAGAUGAUCAAGAAAUUUACAACAUAUUACCCUAUAAUUUUCGAAAGGGAACUGUUUCGGAAUUUAGCGUGUAAGAGUGCAACGUACAGGAAAUCUGCAGAUGAAACCAUUUUUUUUUUUUGAGUUUUAUAGUGUUGAAGCAAUAGUAAGAUAGGCAAAAGUACACUGGUUUUCUAUAAGCAAAGGUGCCUGCAGCCUCGAGCCAAGUCACAUACACAAAACCCGCCCGAGAAAAAACUAUCUAAAACGGUCUAAGUCCCGGGGCACCAGCACCUCAAUCCCGGAGCUAUUUGCUUAGUGAGAUUGCAUUCCAAAUUCCAGAUUGCGGAACGAUAAUGUAGCCCCGGCCUACAUGGACAUUAAGAUUCUUUGGUCUCUAAUAAUUUAACAAAUUACUUUUCCAAUUAUAUUCGUAUCGGGCGUAUAUCCGUUAAGAGGGAAAACAAAAUUAUCGAAAACACAUUAAAGGAACACGCGCAACAAAUAUUUAUUCUAAAAUAAAAACCCGCAAAAGGCAACAUAGAGAAUAACUAAAAUUAAUGUGUAAAGAACCAAGCAAAAAGUAAAUUUAAAAGUUAACGAUAUUUCUGUAAUUGUAAAUAAUUGUGCGCGAUAAAUGUUUUUAAUUAAUACCAUUACGUUAACUCUAAUUAUAAAUUAAUGAUUAUAAUUAUUAAUUUUAAUUCUAGUUUUUAGCAAAAAUUUAAUAAAAGCGAAAAAAGCCUUAUUUAAAAACAACAUUUUUAAGAACUGCAAGCUUCUUUUUUCCUAGUUAUUCAGUAGCCACUUGUCAAUUACUGCGAUAGCUAAGGGAGUGAAAAGGAAUCUUCGUAUUGAUGGGCGUUUGAGGUAUUGGCGGAACGCCUCGCGGAUAACUCGCUAACUAUGCGAAGCACGAAUUUGUUGUUUUCCCUCGCAAUAUUAAUUAAGUAUUAUACAGCUCGAAGAAUUAGACGUAGAUGAAUACUCGGCAAUAUAGGAUGUAUAGUAAUUUAUGUAAAUAAACCAAAGUCAUGGCAAAUAUUAAAUAAUAAAAGAAUAAGAACUAAGGAUAUAGUGAGAAAUAAGACCAGCGCCUUUAGUUGACAUGGGCUAUUUACGUAAACUCAUCUAAGUUACCGGAAAACCUCAGACAUGCCCAUGACACAAAUCUUCUAAAAUGGAUUACACUUGAACAGAAGAAUAAAGUAUUACUAUUAAAAUUAUAAUGGCUAUAUAAGUCUUGGAGGGGGUAAUAGCGAACUAUACUUUGCAUAUCAAAUGUUAAGUUACAGCCUAUAAAUGGGAUGGGGUUUGUAAAAGUGUGUUAUUAGAAAUGAGGGCUUUUCGUUUCUUGUUAAGGAGAAAGUAAUUAAAGUAAAAAACUGGUUGGUUUUCAAUGUUUUUUAAAAGUUAUGACUAUAUAUUUUGGACCACCCAUGUUUAAAUAGUUUAAACACUAAGGAUAUAUAUCCCUAAGGAAUUUCGAAAUAGCCAGUUGAAUAAAUUUGAAUCAUUCAAUGACAAAUUAUUUAUUUAGAGUCCCUAAGCUUUAUUUGCGGUUUUUAAACAAUAACAUUUUCGAAUAAAAGAAAAAAACAAAGUUUUACUUUUGGGCAAAACGAUUUUAAAUACUUUUAAAAUAGAAACAGGAUUGGAAAAGCUAUUCAAUAACUAUUUUUAAGAGAAAAUAGAGCUAUUGGCACGCUGAAAGAAAAUGAAACGGCGCGGGGGAAGGAUACAGUGCCCAAUUACGAUGGCAAUGUACAUACUUCAACGUAGAUGUGAACUUGUAUUAACGGAAUAGUGGCUGGGGUUGUAUACAGAAAA